CCCGGCUGAGGGCGGGCGGUCCAAGAUGGCGCAAGCCGUGAGCGUGGGGGAGUUGGGGCUGCCCCAGCUGGAACUGCUCAAGGGGCAGCUGGAACAGGAGGUGGAGUUCCUGUCCUCGUCCCUGGCGCAGCUCAAGGUGGUGCAGACCAAGUUCGUGGAGGCCAAGGAGUGCCUGAACGUGCUGCACAAAGGCAACGAGGGGAAGGAUCUCCUGGUGCCUCUCACCAGCUCCAUGUACGUGCCAGGCAAGCUGCAGGACACACGGACGGUGCUGGUGGACGUGGGCACCGGUUACUACGUGGAGAAGUCGGCCGACGACGCCCGGGCGUUUUUCAAGCGCAAAAUCGAAUUCCUGACGCGGCAGAUGGAGAAAAUCCAACCGGCCCUGCAGGAGAAGCACGCCAUGAAACAGGCCGUGCUGGAGAUGAUGACGCAGAAGCUGCAGCAGCUGACGGCGGCUCAGGGGGUCCCGGGGGCGGCCAAGGCGUAGCCCCCUCCCCAAAACCCUGCAGCCCCUCCCCAAAACCCUGCACUGGGGAUUUGGUGCUGCAGCCCCCACCCCAAAAUCCCGACCCCCCCUCAUUUUGUACCAGUCCCUGGAAUAAAGCAGAGACGGCUCC